AGAGAGUCUCUCCUGACUGCAUUAGGAGCCUCCAGCUUUUGUGAUUCCUUUUGAUCAAAUCUCUGUAAGAGACGUGUGUCAUGCCCUCUUCCAGCCAGCUGUGAGGGGACUGGCCCGCCAUCCAGUGGGGGAGGUUUGGUGUGUGUGUGUGUGUGUGUGAGAGAGAGAGAUCUCCUAAGGUGAGAGGCAGAGAGUUCGACGGGUAGGAGGGUCUCAUUCCACUCCCCAGCGCCCAGUUCCAGCACACACUUAUUCUGGACGUGCUCACACACUCACACGGGCCUGCGGACGAGAGCAGUGAUUGUCGAUUGCAGGAGAAAGUGUGUGUUGUGUGGGUGAGUGUGACUGAACUGUGAGUGAUGGAUCUCUCGCAGUAGAAGGUAGAACUUGUACAGACAGGAGCUGCUGGAAUGGCAAACUUCUCAGAAACACUGGAAACUUCAGUUUGAUCAAAAUGUCUGAGGCUAUUUGCUGCACGGUGGUGAACUGCAACUGUGACAGUUUCAAACCUGGUAAACUGAGGCGGCGUCUCUGUGAGCACUGCAGGCACGGCUGGGUUGCCCAUGCUCUGAGUAAGCUGAAGGUUCAUCACAUGUACCAAGGAAGCCAGGUGGAGAUUGUUCACUCCAAUGUGGUAUUUGAUAUCUGUAGUCUGAUGCUUUAUGGGACGCAGGCAAUUCCAGUGCGUCUCAAGAUCUUGUUGGACCGACUCUUCAGUGUUCUUAAGCAGGAGGAGGUUAUUCAGAUCCUAAAUGCACUGGACUGGACUCUCCAGGACUACAUCCGUGGUUACGUCCUUCAGGAUGUGGCUGGUAAAGUAUUGGACCGCUGGGCCAUAAUGACCUUUGAAGAGGAGAUCGUUACGCUGCAGCAAUUCCUGCGCUUCGGAGAGACCAAGUCCAUCGUGGAGCUCAUGGCAUUGCAGGAUAAAGAGGGACAGGCAGUUGUAGUUCCAACCACAAGGACCAAUUCUGACAUCCGCAGUUUCAUUGAAAGCAGUACGCAGCGGCCUGUGCGUCUGCCGGCUAAAGCUGAAGCACCCGGUUCCAGUAACGGACACCAUUUUGAAACGCUUGUGAACAGUAUGGCCCUCAUGCUGCCACUGCAACUACUGAAUUCUGUUCCGGCACCAUUGCUGAGCUCCAGUACCGAUUCUAGCCACCAGGAGGCACAGACGAGACAUGAGACACCCGAAGUGAGCUGUGAAGGUGCUGGCCCAUUCGACUCAGGCCCCCAUAAGAUCAGAGGACUGCUGCUGGACACCGAAUCUCCAAAGAUGGAGUCAGAAGAGUUUAACAUGAGUGGAAACUCAUCUCCCUCCACGCCUUGCACGCCCUCCAUCACUUCUGAAAUCACACACAUGUCUCCUGAGAACAAGAUGCGGUGUGCAGAGAAGAGCGGAUCCUUGAAGAAGGGCCGUGUGUUCUGCUGCAGUGCCUGUGAGAAGACCUUCUAUGAUAAAGGCACGUUGAAAAUACACUAUAAUGCUGUUCAUCUGAAGAUCAAACACAAGUGCACCAUCGAGGGCUGCAACAUGGUCUUCAGCUCCUUACGCAGUCGGAACAGGCACAGUGCUAAUCCGAACCCGCGGCUGCACAUGCCCAUGAACCGCAAUAAUCGUGACAAGGACCUGCGGGGUGGUCUGAGCCCGAGGCAGGAGGAUGGAGCCGAGGGUGAGAAGAGAGAUUUUGCUGCCAUCCCAGAAAGCAGGACGGUCUCAAGUUUCAUCAUCCGCAACUCAGAGCACAAGCUCCAUGGCUCUUUAUCCAGCAUGAGCCAGAGUGGCAUCCUCUUUCCCAAUCUAAAGACUGUACAGCCUGUGCUUCCCUUUUAUCGAAGCCUGGUGACCCCAGCCGAGCUGGCUCAUACACCAGGCAGCCUGCCCUCUCUCCCGCUUCUGUCUUCCUCAGUGCCUGUGAGCACCUGUCACAUGCAGACCGGCUCGGAGCCGGUGCCCAAAAAGAAGUCUAGAAAGUCCAGCAUGCCUAUCAAAAUCGAGAAGGAUGAGCUGGCAGCAGAGGGCGUGUCCGAGGAGGAGACUCCAGCCCUCAGCCCCUGUACAGACACAGAAAAGUGUGACGUUAGCAGCAUGGGGCAAGAACAUGUGGACUGUGGCUUUCGAUCCGGCCCUGACUCACAGGACAAAGAAUGGGAGAAACUGACUCAGGGUGAAAGUCGUAUCGUUUCACUGUCGUCUACUUCUUUCUUUCACACUAAACAGAAUGAUGAAAAAGAAAGGGAGUCAUCAAAAUGUGAAGAACCAGCAUGCAGUUCGCAGCCAGACCAGCCCUGUGGCCACCGACCUGCCCAUUUCACACACAUGAGUGAAAACUGUGCAGAUGGCUGUAGCGACCCAGAGACCAUAUGUCCAGAUGAUAAAGACGAGCAGGCGCACCCAUGCCAGAUCUGCAGUAAGACAUUUAAAAACGCUUACAGUGUCAAAAUGCAUUAUCGAAAUGUGCACUUAAAGGAGAUGCACAUGUGCACUGUGGAUGGCUGCAAUGCUGCUUUUCCAUCCCGUCGCAGCAGAGACAGACACAGUGCAAACCUGAAUCUGCACCACAGGCUGUUGACCAAAGAUCAUUCAGGAACAUCUUCUCUCCGCAGAGAGCAUCCAGACCUCCUUCACAAAGAGCCCCUCAGCCAGUUGUCUGUCAUCCUCAAAGAGAGUCACCGGACAGGUCUCGUCUACCCCAUGAGUAAAUCGCUAGAGAGAGCAUCUGAGCUAGUAGAGGGCACUGUGGAGAAUGAAGCAGUACUGGACCUGAGCACCAGAGCAAGUGCCCAUUCUUCCUGGGACUCAGACAUGGGCAGUGAGGAAGGGUUUCCCCUAGAGGACAGUGAAGAGAGCUGUGACGGGCUGAGCAUUGGAACGGCCGCGUCUCCACCGUGCCUCAGUCAGCAGACAAAUGGCUCAUCACCCAUCACCUGCCAUCUCUGUCAGAAAGUUUACAGCAACAAAGGCACAUUCAGGGCUCAUUACAAAACGGUGCACCUUCGCCUUCUACACAAGUGCAAAGUUCCAGGGUGUGACACUACAUUCUCCUCUGUUCGGAGUCGCAACAGACACAGUCAGAAUCCAAAUCUACACCGCAAUCUUGCAAUGAAUACCUCCAUGAAUCAAGAGUAGGGCACACACUCAGAGCCAUAUCUCUUAUAUAUACAUAGUCAAAGAUUUACUUCUUACAAUAUGGGUUCAAUAGCACUCCGCUUUUUGUACUGCACAAUCAAGCACAACUGGAAGGACACAAUCAUAUUUAUAAUAAACCCAAUGUCAUUUA